AUGAGAAGUAAGCAGCGAGAACAAAGGCAAACAAGUCCUGCCAGUGAUUUUCAAUUUCUAUCUAUCUAUCUAUCUAUCUAUCUAUCUAUCUAUCUAUCUAUCUUCAUUAUCUAUCGAUCUAGCAAUUUACCUAUCUUAGUAUAUUCAUAUCUAUGUAUUUGUUCACAUCUAUCUAUCUAUCUAUCUAUCUAUCUAUCUAUCUAUCUAUCUAUCUAUCUAUCUAUCUCAUUCUGUUCAGAUCUAUCUAUCUAUCUAUCUAUCUAUCUAUCUAUCUCAUUCUGUUCAGAUCUAUCUAUCUAUCUAUCUAUCUAUCUAUCUAUCUAUCUAUCUGCCUAUCUAUCUAUCUAUCUAUCUUGUAUAAGUUUUAAGUGGAUAUUUAUCUAUCUAUCUAUCUAUCUAUCUAUCUAUCUAUCUAUCUAUCUAUCUAUCUAUCUCAUUCUCGAACUCUCUCUCUCUCUCUCUCUCUCUCUCUCUAUCUAUCUAUCUAUCUAUCUAUCCAUCUAUAUCUAUCUAUCUAUAUAUAUAUAUAUAUGGACUUUCGAUUUUAACUCUGGGCGAGAAUUUCCUGGAAACCAAUUACAAUCUAUCUAUCUAUCUAUCCUAUCUAAAAUUUUCUUAUAUUUUUCUCAAUCUAUCAUCCAUCUAUCCAUCUAUCUAUCUAUCUAUUUCCUAAUUAUGUUCAUCUAUCUAUCUAUCUAUCUAUCUAUCUAUCUAUCUAUCUAUCUAUCUAUCUAUCUAAUUAUGUUCAUCUAUCUAUCUAAUUAUGUUCAUCUAUCUAUCUAUCUAUCUAUCUAUCUAUCUAUCUAUCUAUCUAAUUAUGUUCAUCUAUCUAUCUAUCUAUCUAUCUGUUCAUCUAUCUAUCUAUUAUGUUCUAUCUAUCUAUCUAUCUAA